GUGGCGUCACGGUGAGGUGUCUGGAUGUGUCAAGCAGACCAGGUGCUGUGGGGACAGCGGAGAGGACAGUCCAGGGAUGGGGACCUCAUGGGGACAAAGGAGCCGUGGGGAUGGUGCCUGUGUGGGGAUGUGGAGGUUUGGGGUGCUCAUCCCCCUCCUCGGUGCAGUGGGAGCCCUGCAGGUGAGCCAGGAGCCGGCCGAGCUGCGGGUGGCAGCGGGCACCAACGUGUCCCUGCGGUGCCAGCUGGUGACAACAGAGCCGUGGUCCAUGGCCCGCAUCACAUGGCUGAAGGACGGGGAGCACGAGGUGCUGUGCACCACCCGCCUUUAUUCCAAAGCCGCCAUCUUGCCCUGUGCCACCCCCCGCCUCCAGCUCGCAUGGAGCCCACCCCACGCCAAGCUCAGCCUCCAUGGGGCACAGCAGGGCGACGCAGGAUGCUACGUCUGCUGCUUCACCAUUGAGAAGCCCUACCUCACCGUGGCCACCUGCGAGCAGCGUGUGAAUGGCACGCUGCUCCACGUCAGCACAGGUAUCCAGGAGGCACAAGGGGGUGGGCUGUGCUCUGCUGCUCCCCCCAGGCACCCCUGGCAGCAUUUAGUGGGGUCUGUGGGACGUGGGACCCCCAGGAGCUGUGAUGUGGGGUCUCUGGAUGGCAGCACAUCCCCGAGCGCUCGCAGGGUCACAGCAGGGAUGGAGUGA